AUGGAUACUAGCAAUAUCUCUUCCAAGAUAGUAGGAGAUCUGGGCUUAUCUGUUGAUCCGUCAAACAGCUUNAUAGGAAAACCCAUUUUACCAGAACUUGUUAAUGCAAUAGAAGAAUCAAGAAUUUCAAUUGUUGUAUUCUCAAAAAAUUAUGUUUCUUCACCCUGGUGCUUGGAUGAACUUGUGAAAAUUGUGGAAUGUAAAAACACAAGGGGACAAUCAAUCAUUCCAAUUUUCUAUGAUGUGAAUCCAUCCCUGGUAAUAACAAAGUUGGAGGUAGCUAUUGGUCAACAUCAAAAAGUGUUUGCGGACCAUAUAGAAAACGUGCAAACAUGGCGGAACGCUUUGAUGGAGGUCACCAAUCUGUUUGGAAGGGAGUUGAAGGAUAGUCCUGAAGCAGAAUUUAUCGAAGGUGUUGUGAAGGAAAUAUCAAGUAAAUUAAGUGGUUCAACUUCAACUUCAAAAUUUAUGAAUCUCAAAAAAUUAGUAGCUGGAGUAAAUUCCCGUUUAGAGAAUUCUCUGAUGAAGGUGGAGACACUCAGAGUUGCGUGGGGCCAAUCCACAAUGGUCUCUCAUUGAUACUAUUUACUUUAUCAAAUGGGACUAACAAGUUGGAAACUCCUGGCCCUGGAGUGCGUACAUAUUUUUUUUUGUUAGCGAUUGUGACUCAAACGGUGAACAUAUCUUUAGGCCCCCACAGAAGACUCAUUCUAAUU